AUGGAAUCUUCAUCCAACUCGGACGACCCGCCAGCCAACUCGACAGCGUCAACAUCUGCCGCCGCUAGCUCCUCUACAGAUGACGCCACCAUUGCCCAGUUGGGACCGGAUGUCACAGCUUGCUACAAUUUUAUUUUGGAUCAGCAACUGGCAAAAGAUGGAGGUGGUACCAUUGCGCCCAUUGAUUCGUGUCCGCACAUUGCUGAACACGUAAAGGUUACGGCCAAGGAUGUCUCCGACUACUUUGCUAAUUCCAAUCUUGCCAUGUUGGAAAUACCCUGCUGCAUGCCACCAAAUCAAAAGAAGCCAACGGGUGGACUCAAGUCCGAAGUUGUUGUAGCAACAGAGGAAGAAGGCAGCAACGACGUCAAGGAGGAGCACUGUCCAUUGGGAGAGAAUUGGUUUUGCCUCGCUACGCAAAAGAUAUUAUGUUCACGAUACGUUAAUGGACAUGCCUUGCAGCAUUGGAAGGAUACGGCGAACUGUAUCGCUGUCAGUUUGGCCGAUCUCUCUGUGUGGUGUCAUGUUUGUGAGGCUUACAUCAAGGACAAGAGUGGCCCCGAAAAGGCUUUAGUCUUGAAACCAAUAUUGCAAGCACUUGAAGACAUCAAGUUUGGAGGAGGAGGAGGAAAGGAAGCAGGCGCCAAUACUACAGGAGCUAAAACAUGA